AUGGUGGCGAUCUCGACGACGGGCCAUCCCCCGGAACAGCAGUCCGAGGCCCAUCUGCCCCCUCCGACCGCGUUGCCUGGCGACGGCAACGGGGAAAUCAGCGUCGAGCCGAACGGCGUCGUGAUUGCGCUCGCGGCCUUCCUUUUACUCCUCGCACUCAUCAGCGUGUCGACGUUGAUUCGGGAGUGUUUCCGCGAUCAGCGCGUGAGGAAACGCUACACUGAGCUCGCCGACGGUCGCCGUCCCUCUGGCGCAUCCGUGCACCAGAUGGAGCAGACGCAGGCUCUGCACGCCACUCAGCUCGCGCUGCGACUGGAGGCGCUGCAAGCCGCCAGCCGCACCAAGGCGGCCGUGAACAUUGCCUCGCGCCGGAUCAUCGAGCUCGACGAUGAAGUCGAUAGAGAUGUGUACUCGCUCUGUUCUCGCCUGCGCUGCGGCUCCGUCUCUCCCGAGGAGAUCAGCAGCCAGCUGGGCCAGCAUCGCGCCAGUGUGCAUGACCAGCUGGGGGAUAUUCUGAGAGAGCUCGAUAUCCUGAGGGGAGGGAAGAGUACGAGCGCCUGGGGCACGAGGGAGGGGAGUGUGGCUAGCCUCAACGUCGUAUGA